AAGCGCUUUUCAAAUUCAAAUUCCGCCAAAACCGACACUAGCCGCAUAACCUCCAAAUUAACGUUAAAGCCCUUUAGCGAAUAACAUCUGAGUCUUUCUAUUUUUAUCAAUUGACUGGAAGUUGAAUCUCCGAGAGGAUGGAGACCCAGCAGAAGGGAAAGUGCAUCACCCUGAAGGGCUCUGCAGAGUUGGUGAAGAAAUAUCUUCUCUAUGGGAUCAACAGUAUCUUGUAUCAGCGUGGAAUCUAUCCACCAGAGACCUUUGAGCCUGCUGAGCACUUUGGCAUGGCCAUCCUCAUGUCGACUGAUGAAAAAAUCAAGAAUUUCAUGGACACUGUCCUCGGUCAGGUUGAGGAGUGGCUUCUGCAGAGGAAAAUUCAUCAAGUCACACUUGUUAUCACUAAUGUAAAUACGAAGGAGGUUCUCGAGAAGUGGGACUUCAAGGUCGCGUAUGAGGGCGAUGAGGGCGAUAAGGGCAAGGGGAGGCUACCAGAGGUCGGGACUAAGGAUGUUCAGGCCAUUCAGAAGGAGAUUCGAGAGGUCAUCAGGCAAAUAACAGGUACUGUGAGUUUCCUCCCCCUCCUGGACUGCCUCUGCUCCUUCGACAUCUUCACUUACACAGUCCCCGACGUCGGCAUACCCAAGGAGUGGGACGAGACACAACCCGUGUUCAUCGCCAACGGCCAGGAAGUCCAGUUACGAUCAUUCUCAACAUCAAUUCACAAAAUGGACACAGUCGUUAGUUACAGAAACACGUAAAACCUAGCUCCACUUUCCACCACUCAAAAUCGUAUUUUCGAGAGAGAAGUAUCAACUCGAAAAUGAGGGUCCGGCUCUCAACUCAACUAAGGUAAGUUGGUUACGUUAUAAUUAUACAUACGAGGGGACGAUGCACCGUGGACUCAAAGACGUCGACCUCGAUGGCUCACGACGACGCCGGGACGAUGCCAAGGGAAUAUGUCUUUAUUUUUAUUUUCGUUUGUUGAGUGGAAUAAGAAGAUAAACAUGAAAAUGAGUUCCUUGA